UUAGAGAUUGACGGGAAAUCUGAACGAGGGUACCCCGUUACUCAGCCGCAGCUCUUGCCCGCUGAUAUCAGCGACGGUCUUUCUCCUCCGGGAAUGAAAGUCUCUUCUCAGUUCUACAGUCUUCAUCGCCGGAGGGGCGCAGACUCCAGUUUAGAUCCACUGCCCAAGAAGAUCCGGAAGGUUCCUUCUGGCCUGCCGUCGUCGGUGUCUUCGGUUUAUCCCGGUUCCACCGGUGAGGACUAUAACCCUGACGGCUCCGGAUACCCCGGAUCCAAAGCUGCAAACCUUUAUCCAGGCUCUUUCUGGCCAGAUGGGCUUCCGGAUCACUGGGGACAGUCUGGUUAUCCUCCGGUCAUGAGUAACUCUCCUCACAUCGCUCAGCCGGCUCCGUUCCCCUCCAUAAACACACAGAAGCGUCAGCCUUUGCCCCUGUCGCCGCAGAACUACCCUCUGCACGGGAGCGAGGUCAACUUACCCACCAGCUUCCACCCGGCCUCGGCUGGAUACGGCGUUCCCAACCACACGCCGCCCCUCAGCGGCUCCGACAGCAUCAUGGUCAGCAGAGCUGGAAACACGGGCAGCUCUGGCGCCGAGAUCGGGAAAGCGCUCGCUUCGAUCUAUCCCUCUGAUAAUAACAGCAGCAGUUACUCUCCGAGUCCCUCCACUCCUGUGGGCUCUCCUUCGAAUGUUGCUGCUUCUGCGUCUCAGUGGCCCAAAGGCUCGUCUCAGCCCGCGUCGUCUCCAGGGUUCGAGCCCGGACUGCAGGCGCUGAGUAAGAUGGAUGACCGUCUGGGUGAAGCGCUGCAAGUGUUGAGUCAUUAUGCGGUGGGUGCAGACAUGCAGAGUUUACUGAGCGCAGCGGGACAUUCGGCCGGAGCAGCGGCCCUGGGCUCCAUCAGUCAGGCCUUCGGGCUCUCCAGCCGUCUGCCAGGACUGAUGUCAAAUCACAGUGAUGAUGCCGCAGGUUUACCACAGUCCAGUGCUCCGCUGCAGGGACACCACGCCCCCCAUCAGGCCCCGCCCACUUCCCAGUCCGACACCUUUACCAGUCUUUCUAUGCCUCACUCCUCUCACUCAUCUAGCUCGGAUAUAAAGCGGGAAGAUAAGGAAGACGAUGAGAACCUGUCUAUUGCAGAUAAAUCAGAGGAUGAGAAGAAAGAUGGGAAAAGCCGCACACGAUCGAGUCAAGAUGAUGAAGAAGAUGACGAGGACUUGCCGAUUGAGGUGAAAGCGGAGCGGGAGAAAGAGCGGCGCGUGGCCAAUAACGCCCGUGAGCGUUUGCGCGUUCGCGACAUCAACGAGGCCUUCAAAGAGUUGGGCCGCAUGUGCCAGCUGCACAUGAACAAUGAGAAACCUCAGACCAAACUGCUCGUCCUUCACCAGGCCGUAAAUGUUAUUCUCAACCUGGAGCAGCAAGUGCGAGGUCACGUGUCGGAGGAGUGUCUGACGCUGGAGGAGAAGGAGCAGCGCGAGCGCGAGCGGCGCAUGGCUAAUAACGCUCGUGAGCGGGUGCGUGUGCGCGACAUUAACGAAGCCUUCAGGGAGCUCGGCCGCAUGGUGCAGCUGCACCUGAAGAGCGACAAGGCUCAGACUAAACUCCUCAUCCUCCAGCAGGCCGUGCAGGUCAUCCUGGGCCUGGAGAGACAGGUGCGAGAGCGUAAUCUGAACCCGAAGGCAGCGUGUCUGAAGAGGAGAGAGGAGGAGAAGGUGUCUGGAGACUGUCUGGGAGGAGACGGACACGGACACAUCUAACGCUCAGAUCCUGUCAUGAGGAAGCUCUCCGUCGACGUGGCCUUAUCUUCCCGUUCUUAGUCCACACACACACACACACACACACAAACACACACACACACACACACACUCAGUAACUCCCCGAGCCGCUCGUUGUGCUCGUGAUCAUGGACCAUCGGUGGAAAGCAGCGUCUGCGGUGUUUGAUGCUGUGCUGUAGAUUUACAGUGUGCUGUUAUAUAGCACACACUCCGCUGCGGGAACAGAUUCCUUCUUUGUUUUUCUAGUUCAUGUACUCCACUUUGACUUUCUUUUGUACCGAUUUGUGUUUAUGAUGUAGAGAGAAAUGUUCAGUUUUGAUACGCAAUGUUCGUGAUUCUGUUCGGGGAUCGCCACUAACGCGUGAAUCCCACAAAACUGCACAUAUUUCACCUCGAACAAACUAAUUAUAUCAAAUUCAUUUUUUAAGCAAAGUGAAGCCUGUUUUAAAUGGAACAUUUUAGAUUUUACAUUUUUAUGACCUAUAUAUAUAUAUAUAUAUAUAUUAGUACACGAAGUAAAAAAUAACAAUCUAAAUGUAGAUUAUACAUAAAUGAGUGUUUAUUGUGUGUCCUUUAUGCUUAUUUAAAAUAAAAUAAUUGAAUUACAGUUGUUUUAUACUGUAUUAUAGAAACAUAUAUGAGGAUAUAAGUAUACACAAAUAUAACUUUUGGACACAUUACGAUAAUGAUCCUUAAAAACAGGCUUUAUUUUCUUCAGAUAAAUAUAUUUUUAUAUUUUAUUAUGUUAUUGUUGAUUUAAUUUUUUUUUUUUUUUUUUUUUUUUUAAGGAAAGUCAAGCCUGUUUUAAAAGACAUUUAGAUUAUUUUUAUUUCGACUUUUUAACACAUUUGCCUCAAAAUUGCAUAAUUAUAAUGCAGAAAAAUAUUAAAUAUUAACUAUUCCUGUUUAUUUUCGUGUCCUUUUUGCUUAUUUGAAUGCAAAUAAUUGUAUUACAGUAUUUUAGCGUAUUGUAUUUAAAAAUAUAUAAGGAUGUAAGAAUAAACACUUGAAUAUAAAACAAUUGGACUCAUUACACAAAUAAAAUAAAAAUAACAAAAAUGUCAUAAUGAUCCUAAAAGUAGGCUUUUUGAUUUUUGUGGUGAAAUAUCUGAUGGUUUUUGUGGGAUUUACCCUGGAUAAUGUUUUCUUUGUAAAGCAACUGGUUUUCUAUCACAGAGAAAAGCUUUCUUUAUGCAGAAUCUGAGCAUUUCAGCCGUGUUUUAACACGCAGCUAUCAAUUUGCUUUGGAUUUGACAUAAACUGGACUCGAAUUUGGUUUCUUCAGAGCAGAUUUUGCUCACGAUACGAAAUCUGAUUCGUACGUAGUUAACAAUCUCAGAUUUAUGAGCGAUUCAUUGCUAAAGUUAUAACUCUAUGAAUUUGCUGCCACUUCUUGUCAAUAUUUCUACACAAAGUAGAGAAAAAUAGAUUGCAACGGUCGACCCCCGAGUUGUUGUUUUUACUUCUUUUACAAAUUUCUAUUAAACGUUUGUUGACUUGUUUUUGUUAUUCUAUAUGUUGAUUUUUUUUUUAAAUGUUAGAUAAAUGGCGAAAACUAGCGCUGGAGUACGCCAGGAACAAAUUGUGUUUCAUAUUUCUGUUGCAAUUUUAUAACCGGAGAUCUUGGGAAUAAUAAUUCGAUGCCAAAAUAUUCCUGGUUGUUUAUGAGGUGAACGAUCACUGUGCAUCAGUGAUUUCAUUCUUGAUCCAAACUGAAAGGAAACACAGUUCCGAGUUUAUCUCUAGAGAUCUUUUUCUUUUCUUCGUUAGUACUAACAUCGUCUUUUACAACUAAAAGAUGGUUAUAUGAAUUAUUCUUAUGUAUUGCAAAAAUGUAAACUCUUAAAGGAGCGAGAGCGUGGCCUUCCUCAUUCUCCGGCGGCGGAGAGUGAUUCUGUUCUAGUGCCUGCAUGUUUUUGUUCAGUUUUAUCCUGGAGUCAAGUCAGGUUUUUAUUCAGACGUCACGUCUCGUGGCUUCGACCUUGAGAAUAUUUUAUAAAUCCACAUGAGGAGGGACGAGAGAAUUCCAGAUGUAUGUUAAAGUGGAUUCCUGUUCCUCCGAGCAAAUAAAGUACUUUCUUUGUAAA